GUCUGUGGAUGGUGGGUGUCGGAAGGGUGGGAAGACUUGUCGGGGAGGGUGUGUGAGUGAGCGAACAAGCCGGAACGUCUCGGUCUCACGAUUCAGUUUCUUCAUUUGAGAGACUGCUUGCACGAGUCAUUACCUGACAAACAAGCCCGGGAAUCCCUCUAGCCAUGGCAGGAGGUGGGAGCAAUGACGUGCAGUGGUGCUUCUCACAGGUGAAGGGGGCCAUUGAUGACGACGUUGCUGAAGCCGACAUCAUAUCUACUGUGGAGUUCAACCACUCAGGGGAGCUGCUAGCCACAGGAGACAAAGGUGGCAGGGUAGUCAUCUUUCAGCAGGAAAUAGAGAAUAAGAGUCAGCCACAGUGUCGUAGUGAGUACAAUGUUUACAGUACUUUCCAGAGCCAUGAGCCCGAGUUUGACUACUUGAAGAGUUUAGAGAUCGAGGAGAAGAUCAACAAAAUCCGCUGGCUGCCCCAGAAGAACGCAGCUCAGUUCCUGUUGUCCACAAAUGACAAAACCAUAAAGUUGUGGAAGAUCAGUGAACGUGACAAGCGACCAGAGGGCUACAACCUGAAAGAGGAGGAUGGACGCUACAUAGACCCCAGCACUGUCACUGCACUUCGACUCUCUAGAAACGAGUAUUGCACACACCAACAAAAAUCUGAAGAUGGUGCUGGACCAGCUGACAAAAAUAAAGAGGGACAGUUUGAUAAAAUCCAGGUGCCUGUGUUUAGACCCAUGGACCUCAUGGUGGAGGCGAGCCCUCGCAGGGUGUUUGCCAAUGCGCACACCUACCACAUCAACUCCAUCUCCAUCAACAGUGACCAUGAGACGUAUCUAUCCGCAGACGACCUGCGCAUCAAUCUCUGGCACCAGGAGAUCACAGACCGCAGCUUCAACAUUGUGGAUAUAAAGCCAGCCAACAUGGAGGAGCUGACAGAGGUGAUUACAGCAGCUGAGUUCCAUCCACACCAGUGCAAUACCUUUGUCUACAGCAGCAGCAAGGGCACCAUCCGCCUCUGUGACAUGAGGGCAUCUGCACUAUGUGACACGCACUCCAAAUUGUUCGAAGAGCCGGAGGACCCCAGUAACCGCUCCUUCUUCUCUGAGAUAAUCUCUUCCAUCUCAGACGUCAAGUUCAGCCACAACGGGCGCUACAUGAUGACACGGGACUACCUGUCUGUCAAGAUUUGGGACCUGAACAUGGAGAGCAGGCCCGUGGAGACGUACCAGGUUCACGAGUACCUCAGGAGUAAGCUGUGCUCGCUCUAUGAAAACGACUGCAUUUUCGACAAGUUUGAGUGCUGCUGGAACGGAAAUGACAGUGUGGUGAUGACGGGCUCAUACCACAACUUCUUCCGGAUGUUUGACCGGGGCCAGAGGCGGGACGUGACCCUGGAGGCGUCCCGGGAGGGCAGUAAGCCACAGCAGGUCCUGAAGCCCCGCAAGGUGUGUGCCGACGGGAAGCGGAAGAAGGAUGAGAUCAGUGUAGACAGCCUGGACUUCAACAAGAAAAUCCUCCACACUGCCUGGCACCCUCAGGACAAUGUCAUUGCUGUGGCAACCACCAACAACCUCUACAUAUUCCAGGACAAAGUGAACUAAAUGUUUUCUGUGAAGGCAGACAUCCACUACCUUCAGCCUUUAAUUUUAGUCAAGAACAAAAUGUGUGACAACAUCGCAGUCAACAACUAACCUGUCAUUGGACAAAACAGACUUUGCCAUGUUUCCAGGUGUGGGAAACUGAAACCAUAUUCUUGCCCACCAUCAGCCUCUGUGGCACAGUGACGUGUCACUCACCAUGAUAUUGUUUUGGUGAUGUGCCAAUCUGUGUGUUGGCUGCCCAGUAUUGCCCAGCCCCAGGUCAACUUGUUUAAUUUAUAUGUAUGUCUGACAAGCACACUUUCUUUGGGGGGGUCGAGUGCUAGUAGAAAAACCAACACUCUGAGAACCAUCCCUGCCCCUUCAGCAGCACCUCUCAUUGUCUGGUGCCAUAGUCAUGUUUUUUUUAUUAGUCAACUGCCAAACUGUUUUGUUUUAAUUCAAUUACAAGAACUGGUGUUCUGUUUCUAUUGUUUCUCAUACCACAUACGUCUCCAAGCGCCUCCAUCUCUUACUUACACGCACAAAUAUUCAGACACACAUUUAUCAAAGAGCCUAGCUGCUGUUGGUGUACUGCUGCACCUCAGAGGAACAAUCUAAAACAUCUACUGAAAGCAUGUUGUAUGUAGUAUGACUGGUCCUACACUACAUGACCAAAAGUAUGUGGACAUCUGCUUUUCAAACUUCUCAUUCCAAAACAGGAUAGGGCCUUCCCUAACUGUUGCCACAAGUGGACGCACAGAAUCGUCUUGAAUGUCAUUGUAUGCCGUAGCGUUAAGUUUUCCCUUCACUGGAAUUAAGAGGCCUAGCCCGAACCAUGAAAACAGCCCCAGUCCAUUAUUCCUCCACCAGCAAACUUUACAGUUGGCAUUAUGCGUUAGGGCAGGUAAUAUUCGCCUGGUAGCUGCCAAACCCAGGGUCGUCCAUCGGACUGCCAGCUGGUAAUGCAUGGUUCAUACUCCAGAGAACACGUUUCCAGCCUCCAAAGGUGGCAAGCUUUACACCACUCCAGCAUUGCACAUGGUGUUCUUAGGCUUGUGUGCAGCUGCUCGGCCAUGGAAAUCCAUUUCAUGAAGCUCCCGACGAACAGUUCUUGUGCUGACGUUGCUUUCAGACACAGUUUGGAACUCAUGAGUGUUGCAACUGAGGACAUACGAUGUUUACGUGCUUCAGCACUCGGUGGUCCCGUUCUGUGAGCUUGUGUGGCCUGCCACUUCGCGGCUGAACCGUUGUUGCUCCUAGACGUUUCCACUUCACAAUAACAGCACUUGCAGUUGACCGGGGCAUCUCUAGCAUGGCAGAAAUUUGACGAACUGACUUGUUGAAAAGGUGGCAUCCUAUGAUGUGUGCCACGUUGAAAAUCACUGAGCUCUUCAGUAAGGCCAUUCUACUGCCAAUGUUUGUCUAUGGAGAUUUGCUCGCUGUGUGCUCGAUUUUUAAAAUACCCGUCAGCAACGGCUGUGGCUGAAAUAGGCAAAUUCACUUAUUUGGAAGGAUGUCCACAUACUUUUGUGUGUGUGUGUGUGUCUGCAUACACUACUAGCUCCACAACCAGUCUGUCUGGCCCAGUGAGGACUCCUUAUAACUGCUUGGGAGAGACUACUGAGUCUGGCAACCAGGGAGUUCAUGCAGUGUCUCUUUUAAAAAGAAAUAAAAAAAUCUUGGUUUUCUGUUGUCAAAGAGA